AUGCUACUAAAGAAUCUGUGGCGCGCCGCGCUGACGGCUGCUGCCUUUGCAGCAGGCCCGGCUCGCGCCGACGACUCCAACAACCCCACGGGACAAUCAACCUUCAUCAGCCCCGAUGGCAGCCUCGCCUUUGCCUUCACCGUCCCCGACAAUGGCAACACAGACAUCUACUUCAGCCUGCGCGUGUCGACUGAGCGCUCCUGGGGCGCCAUUGGCCUCGGCAGCAACGAAAUGGCCGGCGCGCUGUUCCUGAUCCUCUACCGCAGCGACAACAACGAAAACAACGUCACCUUCUCUCCGCGCCUGGCCUACGGCAACUACGAGCCCAAAUACUAUCCCGACCUCAAGUUCCAGACAUUCAACGGCACCGGCGUCAAGGACGGCUACAUGACGUUUAAUGCCGUCUGCAACGAGCACUGUCGGAGCUGGCCCGCUGGUGGCACUGGCAAAGGCUACAUCGACGUGUCGUCGCCCAACCAGCAGGCGAUUUACGCUCUGGGCCCCAAGGAGAGGUUCACUGGCGACGACCCAAAUGCAGGCCUCAAGAUGCACAGCGAGCACGGCACCUUUACGAUUGACAUGAAACGGACGCAAGGCUCGGCUGAUGUGCCUGUCUUGACCAAGGACUCGGUCAGCGAAGGCACGACGCUGAACAGCCGGUCCACGGGCAAUUACGACUGGAAGGCUGCUGCGCACGCUUCCUUCAUGGUCUUUAGCUUCAUGUUUUUGAUUCCCCUGGGUUCGAUCCUCAUUAGGACGGAAAAAUGGGCCAAGCUUCACAAAUUCAACCAGACCUUUGCUUUGUGCCUUGUGUUGGCGGGCCUUGCCUUUGGCAUCCUGACAAGCUUCAACUACCGACGGUCUCGUGGAUUUCACUCCCUACAUCAGAUCCUCGGUUUUAUCACCAUCUUUCUUAUGCUAAACCAGGUCGUACUUGGCGUCCUUCACCAUCUCAAAUGGCGAAAGACGCAGCAGGCCACUAAAUUCGGCAAGAUUCAUGUCUGGAAUGGGAGAAUUGUCAUGAUAUUUGGCGCUGCCAACGGUUACAUUGGCUUUGGCUAUGCCCUCGAUCGCAAGUACGCCCUCGUUGUCCUCGGCAUCGUCUUCCUCUUGGUACUCUGCUUCUUAGGAUACGUCAUCUGGGCGGCCAAGCGCAAUAUGCCGCGCCGCCAACAGGGACCCUCAGGAUUUGAAGGCCUCAACCACAGCUACCAGCAGCAACAGCCACAACCAUGGCGGAAUACUGCCUACUCAGCUGGCGCCUACUCAGGCGCUACCGCAGCCCCAGUAUAUCCCGACCAUCCUCCUCCGGGAUACGAGCCUCCAUCAUCGCAGAGUGAGCUCCAGAGCGCUGCAUCGUGGGGCACGAGAACUCGUGAUGGAAGGAGCAGCUAUGAAGACGAGCCUCUUGAUUUAGGAUCAAGCCAGAAACCACGGGAAUUCACAUAA